UUGAGGCCGCUAGGAGGUGGGAUCGGCUGCGCUGCUGCGGGGAAAGUGGCCGCCGCGGCUCAGCAGGACGGGCGAGAUCAAUGAAGUGACUUUUGAACGGCGGGGUGGGCUGCUGGUGCGCUCGGCUCAGCCGGGCUCGGGUGAUCCCGGGAGAGGGCGGCAGGAGGAGGAGGACGCCAGGCGCGCAUUGCAUGAGAGACUCGGCCAAGGGACAGGGCGGAGGCGGAGGCAGCGCCGAGCCAGCCAGCGGCAGGAGAGGAGCCCAGCCUGAGCAGCCGGGGCGGGAGAGGCGCUUCCCAGUGGUCGCCUCCCUGAAUCCCGCGCCAGCCAAGUUGCCUCCGAAGUUGCUUCCCGUCCGGAGGGGAGGCUCGGGCUUCGGCUGGGCGAUGAUCUUCCCCAACAGCAGCAGCAGCAGCAGCUCUGCGGGCGGCAGCAGGGCUCCUUAUCGGAAGCAGCAGCCCAUUGUGCCUGCUCACCCGAUGGCUCCUCCCAGCCCGAGCAUCACCAGCAGCAAUAAUAACAGCAGCAGUAGCAGCAACUCAGGAUGGGAUCAGCUAAGUAAAACAAACCUUUACAUCAGAGGGCUGCCUCCAAACACCACUGACCAGGACUUGGUAAAGCUAUGCCAACCAUAUGGGAAAAUUGUAUCGACGAAAGCUAUUUUGGAUAAAACAACAAACAAAUGCAAAGGAUAUGGUUUUGUAGACUUUGACAGUCCGGCAGCUGCUCAGAAAGCAGUAUCUGCUCUGAAGGCCAGUGGAGUUCAAGCACAGAUGGCAAAGCAACAAGAGCAGGAUCCAACUAACUUAUAUAUCUCCAAUUUGCCGCUUUCAAUGGAUGAGCAAGAGCUUGAGAAUAUGCUGAAACCUUUUGGACAGGUUAUCUCUACAAGAAUACUUCGUGAUUCCAAUGGCACGAGUCGUGGAGUUGGUUUUGCAAGGAUGGAAUCAACAGAAAAAUGUGAAGCGGUGAUUGCUCAUUUUAAUGGAAAGUUCAUUAAAACACCACCAGGAGUUUCUGCUCCCGCGGAGCCUUUGUUGUGCAAGUUUGCAGAUGGAGGACAAAAAAAGAGACAGAACCAGAACAAGUAUAUACAGAAUGGACGAGCCUGGCACCGGGAAGGCGAGGUGAGACUUGCUGGAAUGACACUCACUUAUGAUCCAACUACAGCUGCUUUACAAAACGGAUUUUAUCCUUCACCAUACAGUAUUGCAACAAACAGAAUGAUCACUCAGACAUCUAUCACGCCAUAUAUUGCUUCACCAGUUUCUACAUACCAGGUGCAGAGCCCUUCUUGGAUGCAACCUCAACCCUAUAUAAUGCAGCAUCCUGGUGCUGUAUUAACUCCUUCCAUGGACCACCCCAUGUCCUUGCAGCCCGCGUCUAUGAUAAGCCCCCUGACACAGCAGAUGAGUCACCUUUCACUGGGCAGUACUGGAACAUACAUGCCUGCCACAACAGCUAUGCAAGGAGCUUAUAUACCCCAGUACACCCAUGUUCAGACAGCCGGUGUUCCAGUUGAGGAAGCCAGUGGUCAACAGCAAGUUACAGUAGAGACGUCCAGUGAUCAUUCUCCAUAUACUUAUCAGCAAAACAAGUAACUGUGAGAUAUGUAGUGUUGACCUUGCCUAGAGAAGGAUGCAAAGGCUGAAACAAUCAUGGAUUUUACUGAUCAAUUGUGCUUUAGAAAUUAUUGACAGUUUUGCACAGGUUCUUGAAAACGUUAUUUAUAAUGAAAUCAACUGAAACUAUUUUUGCUAUAAGUUCUAUAAGGUGCAUAAAGAAAAAGAAAAAAAACUCCUUAAAUUCAUCCUAGUAGCUGUUUUACCCCCUUCCCUCCCCAAACAGGUUUAUUUUAGUAAGAAAAUUUUUAUCAAGUGUUAUGACGCAAAAAAAAUAGAAUAAAAUAAAAAAAAAUCUGGCCAUGCACAGAUCGCAAUGGAGACAUGUUCAUGUGCAUGACAGAAUCCGUCUCUUGGUUUUUGUUUUUAUUUUGUGUUAAUUUUU